UAUUAAAUAUCUUUAUUUAAAUAUGUAUUACUAAUAUCUUAAACAAUUCAUUAUCUUAUCAGUUAAUGGUUCGUGGUUAUAUGGCGCACGACAUUUUUGUUAUUUUAUGUACAUUUUAUAUCAUAAUUCUAUGCAAAACGUAUGCAAAUAAUAGAGCACAUAUGCAAAUCAUAAGUUCUCUUUUUAUAUAUACUGAAAAUUGACGAAUCUUUAAAACGUAUAUGUAUAUCGUAGAGAUGGGAACAUUGGAAUUAAAACAAACUUUAAAUGGUCAUAGGGGAAGGGUGUGGAAUGUUUGUUGGCAUCCAAAUGGCACUUGCCUUGCAUCUUGUGGUGAAGACAAGACAAUUAUAAUAUGGGGACAACAAGAUCCAAAAUGGGUUGUAAAAACCAUUCUGACAGAGGGUCAUACUAGAACUAUAAGAGAGAUAGCGUGGUCUCCUUCUGGGAAUUACAUAGCCUCUGCUAGUUUUGAUUCGACCACUGCCGUAUGGGAUAAUAAGUCGGGACAAUUUGAAUGCAAUGCGACAUUAGAAGGGCAUGAGAAUGAAGUGAAAAGUGUUAGUUGGUCUUGUAGUGGCCAGUUGUUAGCUACUUGUAGCCGUGAUAAAUCUGUUUGGAUAUGGGAGGUAAAUGAUGAUGAGUAUGAAUGUGCUGCUGUUAUUAAUGCUCAUACUCAAGAUGUGAAGAAGGUAAGAUGGCAUCCUAAUGAAGAAGUUGUUGCUUCUGCCAGUUACGACAAUACAGUAAAAAUGUUCAAGGAAGAUCCAGGGGAUAAUGAUUGGUCGUGCAUAGCAACAUUAUCAUCCCAUACAUCAACAGUUUGGAGUCUUGCGUGGAACAAGGAGGGUAAUCAAAUUGCAACAUGCAGUGAUGAUCAAACAGUGAAAAUAUGGCAAGAGUACAAGCCUGAUAAUGAACCAGGAAUCGUUACACCAAACAAUGAAUCCGUUUGGAAAUGCGUGUGUACAAUAACUGGUUAUCAUACAAGGACAAUUUAUGAUAUUGAUUGGUGCAAGACAACUGGUUUACUAGUGACUGCAUGUGGUGAUGAUAUUAUCAGAAUAUUUAAAGAAGACAGUGACUCCGAUCCUCAUCAACCAAGUUUUACUAUGGUUUGUUCUAUGGAUACUGCUCAUACUCAAGAUGUAAAUUGUGUGCAAUGGCACCCCACUAUACCAGGACAACUUGCAUCAGCUAGUGAUGAUGGUUCAGUGAAAAUUUGGUUUUAUAAUGAAUAAAUGUUACUUUAUGUAAUUUUAACAAUAAAUAAUUAACAAACUA